AUGGCGACUGUGCAUCUGCGGAUCGGCGAUCUGGUGUGGGGAAAGCUGGGCCGAUAUCCACCAUGGCCUGGAAAGGUUGUAAGCCCUCCUAAAGAUUUGAAGAAACCCAGGGGCAAGAAAUGUCACUUUGUCAAGUUUUUUGGAACCGAAGACCAUGCAUGGAUCAAAGUGGAGCAGCUCAAGCCUUACCACCCUCACAAAGAAGAGAUGAUCAAGAUCAACAAAGGAAAGCGCUUCCAGCAGGCCGUGGACGCCGUGGAAGAGUACCUGAAGAAGGCCAAAGGAAAAGACCAGAACUCUGAAGGAAAAGCAGAGUCUAAAGGCAAAAAGAAACCUCUGAAAAUCCUGGACGAGAAUGAUGAAGACCUCAGUGCACUCAAAGACCCCUCAGAAAAGGACCUAACAGACUCUGAGCCGGAGCCGGCCGCUCUGGAGAGGCUGGGGACUGCGUCGGGCUCUGCCUUCAAGUGGGACAGCAGUCCGGUGAAGGAUGACCCACAUUUCCACCACUUCCUGCUCAGUCAGUCGGAGAAGCCCGCAUCAUCGAUGGAACCAAUCAGUAAGAGACUGAAAAUCGUUGAGGAGGAUGCAGGCUCCACCUCGAUUCAAGCAGCUGACAGCACAGCCAUCAACGGCAGCAUCACGCCCACAGAUAAAAGGAUAGGCUUCCUUGGUCUUGGGCUGAUGGGCAGUGGGGUGGUCUCCAACCUUCUCAAAAUGGGUCAUGUCGUCACGGUUUGGAAUCGUACAGCAGAAAAGUGUGACCUGUUCAUCCAGGAGGGUGCUCGGUUAGGAAGGACCCCUGCUGAGGUCGUCUCGAUGUGUGACAUCACCUUCUCCUGUGUCUCAGACCCCAAGGCGGCCCGUGAUCUGGUGCUAGGACCCAGCGGCGUGCUUCAGGGCAUCAGACCUGGAAAGUGCUACGUGGAGAUGUCCACAGUGGACCCUGAGACCAUCACAGAGCUCUCCCAGUCGGUCACAUCGCGGGGAGGCCGUUUCCUGGAGGCUCCUGUGGCAGGAAGUCAGCAGCUUUCCAACGACGGCAUGUUGGUGAUUGUGGCGGCAGGAGACCGCACGGUGUACGAGGACUGCAGCAGCUGCUUCAUGGCAAUGGGCAAAACCUCCUUCUUUCUGGGUGAAGCAGGAAACGCAGCACGCAUGAUGCUCAUCCUCAACAUGGUGCAGGGGAGCUUCAUGGCCACCAUUGCAGAAGGACUGACCCUGGCCCAGGCCACAGGACAGUCCCAGCAGACCUUCCUGGACAUACUCUGCCAGGGACAGAUGGCCAGCACCUUCGUGGACCAGAAAUGUCAAAACAUUUUACAGGGUAAUUUUAAACCUGACUACUAUUUGAAGCAUAUUCAGAAGGACCUGAGGUUAGCCAUCUCUAUGGGCGACAACGCAAACCACCCAACACCAAUGGCAGCAGCUGCAAAUGAGGUUUACAAGAGGGCUAAGGCACUGGACCAGUCAGACAACGACAUCUCUGCGGUGUACCGGGCCUACAUUCACUGA